GCCCCAGCCAGCACUGAGCAGAACUCAGUACUCGCUAGGGGGUUUUUGUACCACAACACAGAAGUUACUUCACUGUACUGCAGAGUAGCAGGGAGAGAGCUCUGAUCUUCCAGCUCCCCUAGCAAUCCAAAGCCCAUGAUGUCCAUGGAGCACUUGUGAUUCUGUCCAGCAGAGGGCAGCAGUGCGCACACACCAGCCUGCUCAGGACUAUGCCUGUUAACCAUGGUUCCCUCUAUGGCAGGGGCGGGCAAUAAUUUUUGCAGGGGUGCCACUCCGCAGAUUUUGGUGAAAGAGUGCAGCAGUCUCUGGAGCGUGGGUGUGAACCAGGCAGUCUCUCAAUGCCAGCAUCCCUGCCAGCACUAACUAGGCUCACCAAGUAACCCUAUCUGGGAACUUCCUGUUCCUUUAGUUAAGUCAUCCCUGCCACGUGUUGUAAGGUGAGAGAUUCCCUUACACAGGAGGACGCAGAGGCUCACUGCUGCAGUUGGAGCUUGCUGGUGACCCAGCUGUUCUGCAGAGGGCAGGGAAAAGAGGCUACAAGGCAUGAGAAGGCCAGUGCUGUCAGCUGCCAGACACCAACCAAGACUCCUCUGCACUGUCUCCCCGUGAAAGCAAGGACCCUGGGAAGAAGAAAGCAGAUCUGUAGCUCUGAAGAAGAGAGUUCAUUCAGGCAGUGCUUUAUUUUUAAACUCUGAUCCUCCCAGUUCCUUGCCUGGCGAAGUAAUUAAACUGGAAUGACCCAAGGAGCUGAAAUCAAGGGAACUUUAUUUAUUCUUUUAAAAGGAUAGAACCCAAAUUCCACUCCCCUUGAACUUUAUUAUAAAAUCCUGCUUUGUAACACCCAGGUUUGAAAGACUCUUUGACUCUGUUUUAUGUUUUCCCCGCUUCCCCUUAAAAGCAACUGAGUACGAGUCCAGCUGCUGGAGCCAGGGCUGGGUGGGGGAAUUCUGCGUGUUGGAAGAAGAUGCACUAAGGUGUCAAGAACCAAAGAAGAGAAUCCGGGAGACUGCGUGUGCUUCUACGGCUCGUUCUUCUGGGAACAGGAGAACCGGAGCCAAGCGGUUGUAUCUGGAAUCUCCUCCUGCUUCUCUGCCGGCUUGGUGGUUGGUGUCUCCCGUUUCUGGAUUGUGCUUGAUGGGGAUCUCUGCUAGGGGAUCAGCCUCUGCAGUCGAGGGCAGGUGCACAAGAACAAAGGAGGUGGUAUCUAGAUGCCGGAAGGGGCAUUGGCUUAAGCCCCGGGCAGGUCUUUUCUGGGACAGCUGCCUACUGUAGCCCCACCAGGUUGAGGGUCGGGGGGACAUUCACCCUUCAGCAUGUCCUCCAAGCUGGAACAGAAGGAGACUCACCAGACCAAUGGGGUGGUGCUGCCAAUCGUGGCUGUGCCCGUGGACUGCCUGGCCAGUCCGGACCGGCAGCAGCUCGUGGAGCCCUCGGAGUUCUUGGAGCCUGACGGGGAAGGGGUGGAGGUGGCGGUGGCGGUGCUGGAGUCCCGGGCCAAUGCCAAAGGGGUACGAGAAGAGGACGCCCUGUUGGAGAACGGCAGCCAGAGCAACGAGAGCGACGACACCAGUACGGAUCAGGGCCCCGAGCCUGCCUCCCCUCUCAAGGAGACUUCCUUCUCCAUCGGGCUGCAGGUCCUCUUCCCUUUCCUGCUGGCCGGGUUUGGGACGGUAGCGGCUGGCAUGGUGCUGGACAUAGUACAGCACUGGGAUGUGUUCAAAAAUGUGACUGAAGUAUUUAUCCUGGUUCCUGCAUUGCUGGGACUGAAGGGGAACCUAGAGAUGACGCUGGCAUCUCGUCUUUCUACAGCUGCUAACAUCGGGCACAUAGACACACCCAAGGAGCUCUGGAGGAUGAUAAUGGGGAACAUGGCUCUGAUUCAGGUUCAAGCUACAGUGGUCGGUUUCCUGGCUUCGAUUGCUGCCGUGAUAUUUGGCUGGAUCCCAGAUGGGCACUUCAGCAUUAACCAUGCCAUCCUGCUCUGUGCCAGUAGUGUCGCCACAGCCUUCAUAGCUUCACUCGUGCUGGGCAUGAUCAUGAUCGGAGUUAUCAUCGGAUCCAGGAAGAUCGGGAUCAACCCGGAUAACGUGGCCACGCCCAUUGCUGCCAGCCUGGGGGACCUCAUCACCUUGGCGCUGCUUUCAGGGAUCAGCUGGGGCCUCUACAUAGAGCUGGAGGACAAAGUGUACGUGAAUCCUUUGGUGUGUGCCUUCUUCAUAGCCCUGCUACCGCUCUGGAUCAUCAUUGCCAAGAGGAAUCCAGUAACCCGGGAGGUGCUGUACUCUGGGUGGGAGCCAGUCAUCAUUGCCAUGGCUAUUAGCAGUGUUGGAGGGUUAAUAUUGGACAAAACUGUGUCGGAUCCAAACUUUGCGGGGAUAGCCGUCUUUACGCCGGUGAUUAAUGGUGUCGGUGGCAACCUGGUAGCUGUCCAGGCUAGUCGCAUCUCCACUUACCUCCACAUGAGCGGAAUCCCGGGCGAGAGCUCAGAGAUGGCCCCGCGCAAGUGCCCCACCCCCUGCAGCGCAUUCUUCAGCUCAGAUGUGAAUUCCCGCUCUGCCCGUGUGCUCUUUCUCCUGGUGGUUCCCGGGCACUUGGUCUUCCUCUACACCAUCAGCUCCAUGCAAGGCGGGCACACCACGCUCACCCUGAUCUUCGUAGUCUUCUACAUGACAGCUGCACUUCUUCAGGUUCUCAUUCUACUCUACAUUGCCGACUGGAUGGUGCAUUGGAUGUGGGGUAGGGGCCUGGAUCCCGACAACUUUUCCAUCCCUUACUUGACGGCGCUGGGUGACCUGCUUGGGACAGGUCUCUUGGCUCUCAGUUUCCACGUUCUCUGGCUCAUCGGUGACCGGGACACAGACGUGGGAGACUAGCUAUCCCCUUCUUUUCUCCUUCCCUUCCUUCUGUCUCUCUUGGGACUUCAGCUUUGAUCCUGGAUUCUCAUUAUUUUCAAUGGGAAUUUUAUGUGGUUUAUAUUUCAAGCCCAGUUUGUACAGAAAAAUCUAGUUUUAGGAAGGACAAAAAAAAAGUGUAAGAGACAAUCACCAAGUGCAAUUUUAUAGCAGUAGCAUCUGAACCAAGGUUCUAUUGGAAAUGUU